AUGCCUGAAAGACUCUGGGAGACAGACUUCACCGAAACCUACCAUACCAGCACUUACCCAUCAAUCUCCCCAACUCGUCCCGAGCUAUCAGCAGCCGGUAAGACAAUUUUCAUCAGCGGCGGCGGCCGCGGGCUCGGCAUCGGCAUCGUCGAAGCCUUCGCAACAGCAGGCGCCGCGCACAUCAUCAUCCUGGGCCGCAGCACCGCAGCGCUGGAAACCGUGGCGGCCAAGACCGAGGCCGCACAUCCCUCGACCAAGAUCUCGACCGUGUCAGGAGACACGUCCCGCGAGGAAGACGUCGCGCGGGCCUUUGCCGAGGCCAAGAAGGUCAGCCCCGAGGGCGUGGACGUGGUCGUCGCCAACGCAGGCUACCUGCCGACCGUGGAGCCCAUCCCGGCUGGAGAGGGCAAGGGCGCGACCGAGGACUGGUGGAAGGCCUGGGAGGUGAACGUCAAGGGCCUCUACUUGCUAGCCCGCCAGUACCUGGCGACUGCGAAGCCGGGCGCCAGCUUCGUCAACAUCUCCGCCGCUGGAGGUCACAUCAAUCCCGCGUUGCCUGGGUUUUCCGCCUACGCUUCGAGCAAGCUCGGGGCGGCGCGAUUCGUCGAGACGCUGCAGCUUGAGAACCCGGGGUUGAAGUUUUAUAAUGUGCACCCGGGGGUUGUGGGGACGAACAUGUUGACGAAGUCUGGCCUUGAGUCGACUGGCGUGCCUAUUGACGAGCCUGAUCUGGCAGGACACUUCGUAACAUGGUUGGUGAGCCCUGAAGGGGAGUUUUUGAAGGGGAAAUAUUUGUGGGGGAACUGGGAUGUUGAUGAGCUCAAGGCGAGAAAAGAGGAGCUCAGUGCGCCGAGAAAAUUAGUCACUGGUCUUGUCGGCUGGGCAUGA